AUGAAACUAGACACAGAAACAGAUUGGUGUCUCCCUAACAAUGUUACAGACAUUACAUGCAUGGAUAAACAACCAACGGUGGUAAUUGAGAAAGUGAGCAAAACUGUGCGUUUACUAGGUUUUCUGAUACAAAACGGUGUCUCUAAGAGUCAUAGAGUUAUGCAGGAUAUGCAAGAAGUGAUGAAGAGAGGAAAAAACAUAGGGAAAGCACUGAACAACGUGAUGGUGAAGCACCAUGAAGCACUCACGUGCCGUCCACGUGAUGCUGAUAUGUAUUUUAUUUCACCGUUGGAGUAUCAGUUCAGCUGUAGCAGCAGUCCACCGCGUCUCUCUCGUGGUGCAAACAGUAGUAGGAGGAAGCUAUUAUCUCCGGUGGCAGAACGCAGUCGCCGGCAAAUGAGGGUGUAUUAUGGAACCAGAAAUGAAGGGAGGCGCGUGAAGAUGACGAAAAGGGAGACGGUUGAGGAGGUGUUUGAGGUGGAUCAAGCGGCAGAGGAGUUCAUAGAGAGGUUUUACAGAGAGUUGAGGUUGCAGAAAUGGUUGGAUCAUCAUUAUCACUAUUAA